ACAUUAAAUGUUACAUUAGAUUCUAAAACCCUUGCUUAAUAUAAUAUGCAAUAAACCCCCGAUUUUAUCUCUAUUCUUCUGGGCCCUUCUGUAGUUCUUGCCUUGGCUGGGCAGUGCCGAUCGAAGUUUUGUCCACCAAUUUUACAGCAGAAAUGGCGGCCAAUUUGACAAACCCUGGAUUGCUUUUACACCAGCCAUUCCUUCCCGCGAGGCCUGCGCAACGAACUGGAUCUUCCGCAUGCUUUAGUGGUUCUUCUAAUCCGGAAAUCCGAAUUUCACAGAGAAAACUAUGGAGGAAAUUCAACGGCUCCACAGCCAAAGUUGGAAGAAAGGAUUUCCAGUGCAAAGCUCAAGCUCAAGAUAGCGGCGUGUCGCGGAGAUUUGGAUUGGAUCAGUCAAAGGUGCAGCUUCUUCUAGCUUCAAUAUCAAACUCUGGUGCAGAGACAUCUUCUGUUGGGUCAAGUCCUCCUAAUCCUCAAUUUAUUCCACCGCCACCAACGUUAAUAGGGUCACCACUUUUAUGGAUAGGAAUUGGAGUGGGGAUAUCGGCUCUAUUCUCUUGGGUAGCAAGCAGCUUAAAGAGAUAUGCAAUGCAGCAACUUUUUAAAAACAUUACGGGACAGGCAACUCCAGGUGGAAGCCAGUUUGGUGGUAUGGCUAUGCCUGCAGGAUCUGGAUUUCCCAUUCCACCGUUUCCAGUUCCUCCUGAAACUCGUUUUGCGUCAGCACAGACAGUUGAUGUGUCUGCAAGUGAAGUAACUACCCAACCAACACAGGUCAAUGGAGCAGCUGAAGAAAAAUCAGGAGCAGUUGAAGACAAAAUAGGAGCAGCUGAAAUAAAAGUAGAGCCCAAGAAGCCUGCUUUUGUUGAUGUUAGCCCAGAGGAAUUAUUGAACCAAAAUGCUUAUGGAAGGAAACAACAAGAAUCGGCAGAGAACAAUGCUCCUAAGACGACACAUUUUCAAGAUCCAACACUGUCACAAGAUCAAACAUUCACAAAGACAGAUGGAGGGGCAGCUAGCAGACACUCUCAAUUUACUGGGAAUACUGGCCCAAAUCUGACUGUAGAGGCAUUGGAGAAAAUGAUGGAGGAUCCGACAGUACAGAAGAUGGUUUAUCCGUAUUUGCCCCCAGAAAUGCAGAACCCAGAUACUUUUAAAUGGAUGAUGCAGAAUCCACAAUAUCGUCAACAACUUGAGGACAUGCUAAAUAAUAUGAGUGGUGAUGCUACAUGGGACAAUCGAAUGCUAGAAUCAUUGAAAAAUUUUGACCUUAACAGCCAGGAGGUUAAGCAACAAUUUGAGCAAAUAGGACUCACACCAGAAGAGGUGAUUUCAAAAAUCAUGGCAAAUCCUGAUGUUGCCAUGGCAUUUCAGAAUCCAAAAGUUCAAGCUGCUAUUAUGGAUUGCUCGCAGAACCCUAUGAGUAUAACCAAAUACCAGAAUGAUAAAGAGGUGAUGGAUGUUUUCAAUAAGAUUUCGGAGCUUUUUCCAGGCAUGACAGGCUCUCCUUGAAAUUCUUGAAGAGUUAGAUGCACACAAAACUGUUUUUUCAGGACUUGUGAGCAGUACACAAACUUAACUUGCAAGAAUAGAGAUAGGUCAAAUGCCAAUUUUUUGGCAUCAUGAAGCUUUGUGGAACAAAAUUCACUUCUUUAAUCCUUGCUGUAUAUCAAGGUGAACCAAAAUGCUUUUAGGUCCCCCUUGCAGCCUGUGAUCUGAUGAUUGGCAAAGUUUGAGAGGGCUUUCAUCAAGGGAUGCUCCUGAGUGGGCCUAAGAAUGCUAUAUUUGUAAGUUUGCUUCAAUGUUUGUGCAUUAAGGGGAGGUAUGUUGGGAAGUAUGUUUUUGACUAAUUCUUUAUACGUAACCAUGUGAGUAGGUCUAUUAUCAUGUCAAAUUGGAUGUUCAAUGGGAGUUGCAGGGUCAGGAGGUACAAACUAGGGGUCGAUCUUAAAUUCGUUAUAUGUUUUUCUUAGUAGAGUGCCAGAACCUUAGCAGGGAGUAAUAUUCAAAGCAGUCUUGGAUUGGCUUCUUCGUUAUUCUGUGCAUAUUGUCAUUUUUUGUGCAGGGCACAGGUGUUGUUCCACGGAAAAUUUCAACACUAAUAAACAUCAGUAUGUAUUUGAUACUAAACUUCUAAAAUAAGUUUCUAAGUGAAGAAAGUAUUCAGAAUUUGAGAACCAAAA